CCCUCUUCCACCUUUCCUCCCCUUAGGGCUUGCCCGCAAGUCUCCCCUCCUUCAUUCCUUUCUUCUUCGUUUCUUUCCGUUUCAAAUAUGAGGGUCACAUUCGACAGGCGGAUCAUCACCGCUGCAAUAACCGCCGUUAUCCUCGUAAUUCUCCUGACAGGCAGCUUCCACGAGCCUACAUACAACGCCAUCAAAAACAAGACCGGCUUCGGCAAGGUCGCAGUCCAACAAAACCCGGCCCCUCCAAUCAAUCCCAAUAAUGCCACUGGAUUCGACGAGCAGGGCAACGAGAAGCUGGCCUAUGCCGUGCUACUAUCCGGCACUGUAGAUUCCGCUCAAGGAGACGAUCUCGAAAACGACAAGUAUUUCGUCGCCACCCGCAUAUUGCUCUGGCAGCUCCUUCAUGUCCCAGAGUCCCGCACCAAAUUCGAUGUCGUAGUUCUGGUAACUCCUACGGUGUCCCAGUCGCGUCGCGACCGUCUUGAGAAAGACGGCGCCAAAAUCAUUCUCGUUGAUAUGGUCAAGACGGCCUCCUGGAUCAAGCCCGGAGAACACCAAUGGGACGACUUGAUGACCAAGUUCCGUGCCUGGCAAUUGACACAGUACAACCGCGUGCUCAUGUUCGACGGCGACUCCAUGGUCCGGAAGAAUAUGGACAAGAUCUUUGACGAACCUCUCGCGCAGAUCCAGUCGUCGCUCAAGAUUCCAGGAGUUCAGCCCAUGGAAGGUCAGCCGAUGUGGCCCGACGAGUACCUUUUCGCCGGCGGAUCCGAAGUAUGGGACAGCAACCACAAAUUCCCACCCUUCCACGGCGGUGGCCUGAAGCGCGAGGGCGUCAUGAACGCAGGCUUCAUCAUCCUGCAUCCCGACGAGAAGAUGUUCGACUACCUCGUUUCCUUCAUCGACAUCAAAGAUUCGUUCGAUCCGACUUACAACGAGCAAAGCUUGCUCAAUAAAGCGUUCGAGUGGGAGGGCCCCAUGCCCUGGAAGGAGGUCGGAUACACCUGGAACAUGCGCUGCCCCAACGAGAACGAUUUCGAGCACGGUCUGCCGAGCAUGCACGAGAAGUGGUGGAAGCAGCCAUAUAUCUACGACAACCAAAAGGUCAAGGACUGGCUUUUGGCGCAGAGGUGGGAGAUGAAGGGUUGGUACGCUGGCCGAGAGGCGACAACAGAGAGCAACUCGUUGUCGACAUGA